ACUUCCAGUGGCCCCGGAAGCGCGGUUGUCUAACCGCUAGAGUUAGGAAGUCGGAAUGGGGCUAAGCUCAGCUUGAAGCUUUGGCCGGGGGGCCGGCCGGUGCUGCUGUGGCCCGGGCGAGCUGGGAGCGCGGAGCGGCUUUUGGGACAGUGCGGGCGAGCCCUGGCAGUGUGCUCCUCUCGUGCCAGCGUCGCUCCGCCAUAGGACCCGCCCCUGCCCUGCUGCCUGGGACCUGGCGGGCGCUUCUGUCAGGCUGCCCCGCUGCCCUGCAUCCGGUCACGAAUAGCUGUGAGGAGCGGGUGUGCGGCCUUAGGGACAACUCUCUCCCCGCCAGCAUCUUCGUGACCCUCUCCCAGGCUGUCCGAACACUGACGUGGAACAACCCGUUCUGAACCCUCAUGGAGAAGUUUGGGAUGAAUUUCGGGGGCGGCCCAAGCAAGAAGGACCUGCUGGAGACCAUUGAGACCCAGAAGAAGCAGCUCCUCCAGUACCAGGCACGUCUCAAGGAUGUAGUCCGCGCCUAUAAAAGUCUGCUGAAAGAGAAAGAGGCGCUGGAGGCCAGCAUUAAGGUGCUGUCGGUAUCCCACGAGGCGGAUGUGGGCCUUGCAGGUGUCCAUCCUCAAGGCCUCACCUUUCCUGACUCUGUGGAUGACCUAUGCUCCACUCACAGCGAGGAUAGCACUGGGACCGCCACCAGCUUAGAGACUGCGGCCAGUCUCACCAGCACCAAGGGUGAGUUUGGGGUAGAAGAUGACAGACUGGCCCGUGGACCACCACCUCUAAAGUCCGAAGAGGCCAGUGGAUCGGAGAGCGGCGUUAGCAGUAGUAGUGGGGAUGGACCGUCUGGGAGUGGGGAGGUGGACAAACGACUGCACCAGCUGAAGACUCAGUUGGCGACUUUGACCAGCUCUUUGGCUACAGUCACCCAGGAGAAGUCCCGCAUGGAAGCUUCUUACCUGGCUGACAAAAAGAAGAUGAAACAGGACUUAGAUAAUGCCAGUAAAAAAGCAGAGGAGGAGAGGGGCCGGCUGGAGGGAGAAUUGAAGGGGCUGCAGGAGCAGAUAGCAGAAACCAAAGCCCGACUUAUCACGCAGCAGCACGAUCGGGCCCAAGAGCAGAGUGACCAUGCCUUGAUGCUGCGUGAGCUCCAGAAGCUGCUGCAGGAGGAGAGGACCCAGCGCCAGGACUUGGAGCUUCGAUUGGAAGAGACCCGAGAAGCUCUGGCUGGGCGGGCCUAUGCAGCUGGUCAGAUGGAAGGGUUUGAACUGCAAACCAAGCAGCUGACCCGUGAGGUAGAGGAGCUGAAAGGUGAGCUGCAGGCUCUUCGAGAUGAGAAGAAUCGGCCUGACCCCCGGCUGCAGGAGCUUCAGGAAGAGGCCGCCUGCCUUAAAAGCCAUUUCCAGGCUCAGCUGCAGCAGGAAAUGAGGAAGACAGCCGUUGCCGAAGAUCAGCUACGACAGCAAUCGCAGUUGGAAGAGCAGAGGGUGGCGGCCCUGGAGAAUCAAAUAUCUGAGGUGUCGGAACUGCUGGGCACCUAUGAGAAAGCCAAGCAGAAGGACCAGCUGGCCAUCCAGAAGCUGAAGGAGCGCAUUCUUCAGCUGGACCUGGAGAACAAGACACUGGCACUAGCGGCCUCUAGCCGGUCCCCUCUGGACAGCCAUGGAGAGGAGUCCAGUCUGGAUGUCAAUGUCCUGAAGGACAAGAUGGAGAAGCUGAAGAGGCUGCUUCAGGUUGCGGCCAGGAAGAGCCAGGUGACCUUGGAUGUGGAGAAGCUCUGCAACCUGGAGAUAAUGCCCAGCUCAGAGGCUGCUGACGGGGAGAAGGCCAGUGCACUCUACUACCAGCAGGAGCUGAAACAGCUGAAGGAGGAGUUUGAGAGGUACAAGAUGCGGGCCCAGGUCGUCCUCAAGAGCAAGAACGUCAAAGACGGGAACCUGGGCAAGGAGCUGGAGGAAGCCCGGGAGCAGCUGGCGGAGCUGAAGGAGAAGUACAUCUCGCUGCGGCUGUCCUGCGAGGAGCUCGACUGCCAGCACCAGCAGGAGGCUGAGGGCUGGAAGCAGGAGCUGGCCCGGCUGCAGCACAUCCACCGGCAGGAACUGGAGCGGAGCCAGCUGGACUUCAGGGACCGCACGCUGAAACUGGAGGAGGAGCUGCACAAGCAGCGGGACCGGGCCCUGGCCGUGCUGGCCGAGAAGGACCUGGAGCUGGAGCAGCUGCGUUCUGUGGCCUUGUCCUCUGGGCUGCCGGGACGCAGAAGCCCUGUGGGCAGUGUGGGCCCCGGGGAUCCAGCGGACACAUCUGCUCCGGACAGCCUGACCCAAGCCCUGCAGCUAGCUGCGGCCAAUGAGCCCACUUUCUUCCUUUACGCCGAGCAGUUGGCCCGCAAGGAGGUGGAGAUCACGUCACUGAGGAAGCAGAAGCACAGGCUGGAGGGGGAGGUGCAUCAGCUGCAGGAUCGGCUGCUGGAGGAGGGGGAGCGGCAUCGGGAGGAGGUGGGAGCCCUGCAGAGCCACAUUGCAAAGAACAUCAGGGACCAGAGUCGGGAGGGAGCCAACCUGGAGUACCUCAAGAACAUCAUCUACCGCUUCCUGACCUUGCCGGACACCGUGGGCCGCCAGCAGACGCUCACCGCCAUCCUCACCAUCUUGCACUUCAGUCCGGAGGAGAAACAAGUGAUCAUGCGGCUCCCAGCCGGUGGUAGUUGGUGGCCUUCUGGCAAGAGAUGAUGCCAUUUUCACUAACUCCUCAAUUUUCUGUGCCUCUUCUGUGAGAAGGGGCAGGCUCUGGUUUCUCCUGCCUCUUCUCUUACAUUAUCAUUUAUUUCUUCACUGUGUUGACAUGGGAGGAAUCCUCAGUGUGGGUUGGGAUUUUCUGCCAAAUGCCAUUAAUGCCAUUUUAUCCUUGGGCCCUAGAGGUACUAAAAGUGUUGGGACAGCAUCUUCUGGUGGUGUGUGUGAGGGGAAGCGGGGGGAGAGGUUAGGACUCAGAGGUGCAAAAGUUGGGGAAGUGAGAGUCUUUUAAAAUAAGGUGUUUUUGGUUUUAAUAUCAUACUCCUAGUGCAGAGCUAGGAGUACAUAUGACUCCAAAGGGAGUUCAGUUAAUUUCUAAACAUGCACAAGGACCAGCUAUUUACUCCAUCUCAUCGAAAUCUUGAAUCUGGUCAACUGCUGCCCCAAUUCUCUGGGGACAGAAAUUCAGGCUGGAGAGGGACCAGGAAGUUUGAAAUAGUGACAGAUUGUCCCCUACUCCAAACGGCCAAGGAAUAGUGAACUUGCGAAGUUCAUCUUGGAACUGGGAAGCUUGGAAUACUUAGGGCUAGGUAUGACCUAAUCAAUCUGGACAAAACACACCACUUGUGACCAUCCUAGAGAGAACCCUGAGCACCAGUUGGAUCUUAGGGGUUUCCUGAGUGACCUGCUUUUGGCCUGGAUAGGGUUCUAGGCCUCUCACAUUUGUCCCUGCCUUAACCUGUCUGCCCAGGGUUGGCCUGAGAUUGUGAGUGAAUGACUUUGCUAGCUUUCCCUCAAUGUUGAACUUCCAUUAAGAAAAAAAUUCUACCUUCUUACAGAGAGGGGUCUGAUCAGGAAGCUCUGAUCCUGCCUGGAUAUAAGGAGUUAGCUCAGAGAUUUACACCCUUCCCCCCCCCAAGCUGUUUCUGCCUUUGUAGGGGCAGGGAAGAGGAAGAAGAUCUGCUGCAGAGGAUUCCAGAAGGAUGCUAUGACCCUCACAGGAAAAUGGUGGGAAUUCAGCUGAGGCCGGGCUGGGGUACUUGCUGCUCCGUGGAUAGCAUUCUGGCUAAAUCUCCACGUCCCUGCAGCCAGGGUGUUCAUGCAUUACUGUCACCAGAGCACUUUGCCCGCUCACUUAGGGAGGUCAUAGAGUUUCAGUCCGAAAGCGUCAUCUUCCCACACAUGUUACUACUAAAUGAGGAGCUCAGAAAAGUUGGGUUCAAACAGUAUCACUUCCCUAUUCUUUGCUUUCCCCCAUCUGCUCUCGCUGGUUGUAAAGAUCUUUGGAUCCUAAAGACCAGUGCUUUGCCACUGACUGGGCUGAUGUGUAUCUUUCUGUUAUUUCAUCAUAGUAGUCUGUUUUGUGAGGGUUUGGGGGUGCAGAGACUGUGAUUAAAUGUUCUGAUUGGGAGGCUGGGUGACCUGGACUGUUUACAGUAAGCAGACUUAGCGGAACAGAAGUGAUGUGUUCAAAUGAUAAUAACAAUAACCACGGAAUCAUUAAACCUGACCAACUUGA